CGAAUCAUAAUUCCUAUAAAAAAUAGAUAUAUACACCUAGUAUGAUAAUGAGAAUGAUAGUGAUAUAAAUGUUGAUCUCACCUUUAUUAAUACCUCCCUUGUUUAUAUAUACCCCUCCACCCCACCCUUACUUUCUCCACAUUGUCAAAAUAUCAAACUCUUAAACACAUACACAACCCAUAAACAUAAAAUCAGUUCCUUCUAAACCCAUCAUCAUCAUCAUCAUCAUCAAAUUUGAUCAUAAUCAUGGUUGUAGCAUCAACAAAUCCUCUAAAAAGAUCAAGAACAAAAAAAACCAAAGCAGUAGGAGUCCCAACCAUUGAUCUAUCCCUAAAAAAUCAAGAUAAAUCCACCUUAUUAGACCUCAUUAUUGAAGCUUGUCAACAAUGUGGGAUUUUCAAGGUAGUAAAUCAUGGUAUUUCUAUGGAUGUUAUUUCUUCACUUGAGAAAAAUGGUCUAGACUUUUUUACUCUGCCACCGACGGAGAAACAAAUUGCUGUCGGUCCCACUGUUUCUAAACCUUUUGGCUAUGGCUUCCGUAAUAUUGGCAACAAUGGUGAUGUUGGUGACCUUGAGUACCUUCUUCUUCACGCUAAUAUCCAUCACACUUGUCCUCCUAUAUUAAGUGAAGUUGUUAAAGAUUAUGUGGAGGUAGUAACAGAUUUAACAUGUGAAUUAUUAGAUUUGAUGGCGGAGGGAUUGUGGAUUUCAGAUAAAACUAUUUUUAGUAGGUUUAUCAGAGACGUUCGAAGUGAUUCUCUCCUAAGACUGAAUCACUACCCUCCAAUUAAAAACUACGACCCAGCAAUCCUUAACGGUUCCGGUGAACGGAUUGGAUUUGGGGAGCAUUCUGACCCUCAGAUCUUGACUAUCUUAAGAUCAAAUGAUGUUAGAGGCCUACAAAUUUGCAUGCCUGAUGGUUUAUGGUUCCCUGUUCAACCUGAUCCUGAUGCUUUCUACGUUAUGGUGGGGGAUGCACUUCAGGUGUUGACAAAUGGAAGGUUUGAAAGUGUGAAACAUAGAGCAAUAGCUAAUAACUCAUUAACCAAGCCAAGAAUGUCAAUCAUCUUUUUCGGUGCUCCUCCUUUGAACGCAACAAUCUCUCCAAUACAAGAUAUGAUUUCGCCUUUGAAUCCAAGUCUAUAUGAGCCUUUUACAUGGUUGGAAUACAAAAGAGCAAUGAAUGCUUCAAGAUUAAGUGAUUGUCGCCUCAACCUCUUCAAGAGACGCAAUCAAUAAUCAAUAAUCAAUGAUCAAUAAUCAAUAAUCAAUAAUUUUUUUUUAAAGAUAAUUUUAUGGUCCAUUUUCCUAGUUUGGUAGUUCAUAUAUUGGACAAGAAAGAAAGAAGGGGAUUUUUUUUUUUCUUUUUUUAGUUUUGCUCCAUCAUGAUGAAUAUCUUAAUUAUGUACUUGUGUUGGGAUAUUAGCUUGCUAGUUGGAUAUAGACACUUUGGGAAAGAGGAAAAUGAUGUAUAUAAUCAUGGUUUUCAAUUUAGGUUUUGAAAUUAUUGGAGGGUGAUCUCAUUUUGAGUAAUGAGCUAGAAAAAUUAAUGACACCUUUCAUUAUUUCAUUGUAAUGUAGGCCAAUGGUUUCGUUAAUUAAGCAAAUAUAUAUUAAUGAGAAAUAAUAAUCUUUUAAUUU